GAGGAGAUUCUGCCUUCGUGGUUAGUCUCAGCGCAGCUUGGACAAGCUUAACGCCUUAGAAAGAAAUACCCCACCUCAAAAAGACACCUGCCUCUAAACUGGCUUGAGGCCCAUAGCCUUCUGCCAGCUAUUCUUCUGCAGCUCGAACCCAAACCUGUCUCAGCCCAGCCUUGUUCAUUGAGCAGAACCUUCAGGGAGGAGCCCGCUGACUGCCUUGUUCUUUCUCCUCGGCCUGUUGAGAAGUCCCAGAAAGCACAGCUGACUUAGGGAAGGUCUGGGAAAAAUCUCUCUGCUUUUAGGGGGGCAGGGGCGGGGGAUAAGCCAGGGCUGAGGAGGAACUCUGAAGACUCUGUAGAUCGCUGUGGACUGCCUCAGACUCUCUCUGGGCGGCGUGGAGAGGAUUUGUGCAAACAUUUCCUCUCUGGACCAAGAGGAAUGCGAGAGGAGACAGCCUGCGGUGCAUCUUGGACGGCUACGGAGAUGUGCCCCCACUUGUGAAUGUUCAUGAGGAAGAUGAAGCUGGGAUCGAGCAGGGCAGGGCCUGGGAGAGGAAGCAUGGGACUCCUGCCUGGCAUCCCCGAGCUGCCCAUGGGCAUCCGUGCCCCCUGGGGGACCAGCCCUUUCCCCCUCUACACAAAGUGUAUCUGGGCCUCUGGGAGGCCCAUCGUUGCCCUGGUCCUGCUGGUUUCCAUCAAGCAAGUUACAGGAUCUCUCCUUGAGGAAACGACUCGGAAGUGGGCUCAGUAUAAACAGGCGUGUCUGAGAGACUUACUCAAGGAACCUCCUGGCAUAUUUUGUAAUGGGACGUUUGAUCAGUUCGUCUGUUGGCCUCAUUCUCCUCCUGGAAAUGUCUCUGUGUCCUGCCCUUCAUACUUACCUUGGUGGAGUGAAGAGAGCUCAGGAAGGGCCUACAGACACUGCUUGGCUCAGGGGACUUGGCAGACGAUAGAGAACGCCACGGAUAUUUGGCAGGAUGACUCCGAAUGCUCCGAGAACCACAGCUUCAAGCAAAACGUGGAUCAUUAUGCCUUGCUGUCAACCUUGCAGCUGAUGUACACCGUGGGAUACUCCUUCUCUCUCAUCUCCCUCUUCCUGGCUCUCACCCUCCUCUUGUUUCUUCGAAAACUCCACUGCACACGCAACUACAUCCACAUGAACUUGUUUGCUUCUUUCAUCCUGAGAACCCUGGCUGUACUGGUGAAGGACGUCGUCUUCUACAACUCUUACUCCAAGAGGCCUGACAAUGAGAAUGGGUGGAUGUCCUACCUAUCAGAGAUGUCCACCUCCUGCCGCUCAGUCCAGGUUCUCUUGCACUACUUUGUGGGUGCCAAUUACUUAUGGUUGCUGGUCGAAGGCCUCUACCUCCACACGUUGCUGGAGCCCACAGUGCUUCCCGAAAGACGGCUGUGGCCCAGAUACCUGCUGUUGGGUUGGGCCUUCCCUGUGCUGUUCGUUGUACCCUGGGGUUUCGCCCGUGCACACCUGGAGAACACAGGGUGCUGGACAACAAAUGGGAAUAAGAAAAUCUGGUGGAUCAUCCGAGGACCCAUUUUACUCUGUGUAACAGUCAAUUUCUUCAUCUUCCUGAAAAUUCUCAAGCUUCUCAUUUCUAAGCUCAAAGCUCAUCAAAUGUGCUUCAGAGAUUAUAAAUACAGAUUAGCGAAAUCAACACUGGUCCUCAUUCCUUUAUUGGGUGUUCAUGAGAUCCUCUUCUCUUUCAUCACUGAUGAUCAAGUUGAAGGAUUUGCGAAACUUGUGCGACUUUUCAUUCAGUUGACACUGAGCUCCUUUCAUGGAUUCCUGGUGGCCUUGCAAUAUGGUUUUGCCAAUGGAGAGGUGAAGGCUGAGCUGCGGAAAUACUGGAUCCGCUUUUUGCUGGCCCGCCACUCAGGCUGCAGAGCCUGUGUCCUGGGCAAGAACUUCCGGCUCCUGGGAAAAUGUCCCAAGAAGCUCUCGGAGGGAGAUGGCACUGAGAAACUUCGGCAGCUGCAGCCCUCGCUUAACAGGGGGCGGCUCAUACACCUAGCCAUGCGAGGUCUGGGGGAGCUGGGCACCCGGCCCCAACAGGACCAUGCACGCUGGCCCCAGGGCAGCAGCCUCUCCGAGUACAGCGAGGGGGAUGUCACCCUGGCCAACACCAUGGAGGAGAUUCUGGAAGAGAGUGAGAUCUAGGGUGGAGUACCACCACCCUGGCUCUGCUUCCAGAGACUCUUGAGGGGGGCCAGGAAGAGGAAGCAAAGUAGGACACAUGUUUCUGGGCACGGAAUUAUUCUUGUUCCAUUCACCAUGCCACUUUGAUAUGAAGGCUAUCACAAGGUUCUUCAAGCUCUGUUUGAAAGAGGCAGUGUCCUGCUCACAGCUUCUGCCUGCUCUUCUCAUCUUAAUAGCCCCCACCAGUGUGCUUUCCAGAAUGUCCAUCAGACCCUAGCGCUUGAAUCUAAAUUCAAGCAAACAAAGCCCCAUUGUGAAGAGAGGCCUCCUGUGACAUAGAAGCCAGCCAGCAUCUCUUCCUUUAUCCCUCAUGGUGCACGGUUUCCAUCUGAGGUUAGGUUUAGGGUGCAUGAGAACCUCCUAGGAAGCUUUUAAAAUGCAGACUCCUAGACGUGUGGCUAAGAUUCCGACAGUGAGUCUGAGACCAUGGCCAGCAAAGGGAACUGUUUAAGCAUCUCAGGUAAUUCAGCUGCAAGCCCACCCUUGGGCAAGGUGGGAGGGAGCUAGAAGCCCCCUUGAUGUGGCCAUGGCAGGAUGCAGCUGGAGACGUUCUGCUCUCCCAGCUCAGCUGGAGUGUGCCUGCCCUUCCUUGGCCAGCGUGUAACCCCAUGUCACCCACCAGAGUGCCGCUCCUCUCCUGCUUCUCUUCUCUUCCUCUCUUACCGAGUCUUGCCUCUCUCUCUCUUCGCCUCAAUUCUCUGUCCCUGGGCAGCAGGGGUCUGCAUGAUCCUCCCUGUGAGGAUUGGCCCCAGCUCCUGGGGACCCUUUCUGAGGUUGGCUUCUACCAGCCUGAUUUAUGCUACUCUUCUCUUGGGCCAACAAAUGCCCCCCACCAUUUUUGGUUUGCUAUUGAUGGCAUUGAUGAUCACAACUUUUAUCCCAGAAGGUUGACCUAUGACUCUCCAUGGUCAGAGUCUCUGCUGAUCAGAAUUCUAUUGUCUAGUGGGAAUAAAUACUGAAAGCAGGAGGGCCAGGUAAAGCAAUAAGACUCUGGCUGGAUCUGGACGUGCCCAGGGUGGCACUGAGAGACCCAGGACUUCACAUCAACCAGCCAUGGGACCUUUCCUGCCUACUGUGACCCAUGGAGGCUGAGAAGGGCUCAGUCAAUUGGGGUCAGGCUCAAUGACUGAAAGUAUAAGGCAAGAGACUGUAAGAAGAUCAACAGAGGGACAUCUGUUGGAAACAGUGUGUUAACGCACAGGACUGUCAGUUUCAUGGCAUGUAAAAGGCAUGUGUACGUGGGUGGGGUAUGUUGCUGUAGGACUAAAUAGCACCUGAUCUUUGGGGAAGUUGAUAUGAUGCUUCUCAAGUAGGGCUGCCGUAUUUAGCAAACAAAAACAUGAUACUCAAUUACAUUUGAAUUUCAGAUAAACAAAUCAUCUUCUUGUAUAAGUAUAUCCCAUGGGGCAUAUUUUCUCUGAGAUUGGAAUUUAAUUAUGCAUCUUGUCUUUUACUGGCAACUCUGUUUUCAAGGAUACUCUGUAGCAGGGCUGAGACUAGGGCGAUAUAAUCAAGGCAUUCAUCUCUAAAAAACUCAAAAUAAAUCAUAUUUUAAUGCAAUAUUCUAAAAAAAAAAAAAAACAAAUGAACAAACUACAGCCCACGAGCCAUCUAUAGAAAUGAAAUUUAAUUGGAACCAGGGGCAGCAUAAGGGUGAGGCCAGAGAGGAAGUGCAGGCUCUGGUUCUGACUAUAAAAUGUUGUUGAUCAGCUGGGAGCGUUGGCUCACGCCUGUAAUCCCAGCACUUCGGAAGACCGAGGCGGGCAGAUCACCUGAGGUCAGGAGUUCGAGACCAGCCUGGCCAAACAUGGUGAAACCCCAUCUCUACUAAAAAAAAAAAAAAAUACAAAAAUUAGCUGGUCGUGGUCGUGGGCACAUGUAGUCCCAGCUACUUGGAAGGCUGAGGCAGGAUAAUUACUUGAAACCAGGAGGCGGAGGUUGCAGUGAGCUGAGAUCGCACAACUGCAAUCCAGCCUGGGAGACAGAGCAAGACUCCAUCUCAAAAAACAAAACAAAACAAAACAGUUGUUUAUCAGGGACUUUUAAUGUGAAUUUUUAUUUCUAAACAAUUGCAUCAAAAUAUUAUUUAUAUUGACUAUGGGGAAUUUUGAGGUCCCCUUAAAUUUUGUGCUUGAAGUGGAAACCUCAGGUGUGUAACCAGUAGUCCAGCCCUGGUUUUCAGGAUGGAGGUGGAGGCAAAGGCAUCAGGGAAGUGCCCGAUGAAGCAAAGAUUUAUUUUCUGGUGUUUAGAUUAGCCAUAGCUCAAUCACUAAAAUAUAUGUCUAUUUUUCUCCUUUCUGCAAAUGUCCCUGCCUCGGCUCAUCAGCGAACCAGCUCCUAGAAAGCUGGGGUCAUCUCAUAUUCCCAGCAAGUACCCAGCACAGAGCCGGCUCAGAGCAGGCGCUCCCCACACAUUCCUCGAAUAGAAGGCACAGUGGCUCUUGGGAGCCUCGGAUGCUGCCAGGAGUAAGUGCUCCAGGACCUCACCACUAAGAGGAGAAAUUUUUUUCAAAGCAUUUAUAAAUAUUCCCUCCACCCCUCACUCCACAAAUGGGGUGGUUAACAUGUACUGCUUGCUCUUGUUCUGCUCAUGAUUAAAACAAGUUUAUUUAA